UCACACAACCCAACCUGCCAACCCUUGGAAAAUUGGGAUUUUGGGAUUUCUGAUUUCUCUUACGGCGCUACCCCCGAUUUCGGAUUCUUUUCACCUGUCAUCCCCUGAUAAUUCCAUAAAAUUGGCACCAGUUUUGGCCAGUUUUGACCAGCUUGAUCCAGCUUGGUCCAGUUUGCUUUCUGCCCCCAACCGAUAAAAGGUUGCUCGCCGCUUGGUUGCUGAUUGAUAGAGCUUUCCGAUAAACCUUGACGAAUUACUCGCAAACCACAAACCACAAAUCACAAACUUAAACCCGCACAACAAUUUCUAGACACUUCCUACCCGAAUAGACCCAGACUUACCUUACUACUAGACUUACUAGACUUACUUUUCUACUUAUAUUACACCUUGAUUUCUUACGUACAUCCCACAUACAACCGCAAUAAUGUCUGGUCGCGCAGCACUUCGCCUUACCAGAGCUGCUGCUCCUCUAAUCUCCCGAUCCCGCGUAUCUUCUUCUCUCCCCAGAGCAUUCCCCGCAGCCCAACGGGCACUCAGCCAAACCUCUGUUCGUUCUAGAAGCGACGUCGUACGCGAGACCGAAGUUCCCGUCUCCGUCUACUCUCCAGAUUCCACCGGCACUGCCGGUUCGACCAGCGAUCAUUUCAGUAUCCCCGUGAACCGCGACGAUGCGAAGCCGAAGCCCUUCCCUCCUCCGGAGGACACCGAGGUCACCCCUCUCAACAAGACCGUCUACCGCUCAAUGCCUCCCACGAUGCAGAAGAUGAGCAUAAUGGAUAAGGUUGUGAUUGUCACUGGAGGAGCUCGAGGUCUCGGAAACCACAUGGCCCGUGCAUGUGCUGAAGCUGGUGCUAAGGCCCUGGUGAUCUUCGAUGCCAACCAAGAAUUAGGAGACGAGGCGGCUGCUGAGCUUCACCAGAAGACCCAACUUCCCGUUUCCUUCUUCAAGGUCGAUGUUCGUGACGGUGCCGCCAUCAACGCUGCCGUAGAUGCCGUUGUCGAGACUUAUGGCGCACCCGACGUGUUGAUCAACAGUGCCGGUAUCGCCGAUUCCAAUAUUAAGGCUGAGACUUACGACCCAGCCAUGUUCCGUCGCUUGAUCGAUAUCAACUUGACCGGUUCGUUCUUGAUGAGCCAGUCUGUUGGGCGAGCUAUGAUGGCUGCCGGCAAGCCCGGAUCUAUUGUUCUUGUUGCUAGCAUGAGCGGUAGUAUCGUCAACUAUCCUCAGGAACAAUCUUGCUAUAACGCCUCCAAGGCUGGUGUGAUCCAGUUCGGAAAGUCGCUUGCCGCCGAAUGGGCCAAGUACAACAUCCGGGUCAACUGUAUUUCUCCCGGUUACAUGGACACUGCCCUUAACCGUGUUCCAGCCCUCGAGGCCCAGAAGAAGAUCUGGCGCUCUUUGACGCCUCAGGCCCGCCUUGGCAACGUCGAUGACCUCAACGGUCUCUGUGUUUUCCUUGCUAGCGAUGCUAGCGGUUUCAUGACCGGUGCCAACGUCGCCAUCGACGGUGGUUACACUUGCUACUAAGUUAGCCAGUGCCUAACUGCUUUUCAUUUCGACGAAGUAUGUCGAAACAACCAGUUGACGGCAU